AUGCCAAUGGUCGCAUUCAUGGAGGGCCUGUUUUCUCCAACCGUUACCGCAAGGUCGGUCGAUUACAUUGGGAUCCUGUCCGAUUGGUGCCCGAUCCAAAACACCACGCCAGUCUUUUACAGCCAAGGAGACUUUGCGCACUUUGAGUGGUCAUGUACACGAUUCAACCUGCGCGCUUGCAUCCCCGACGAGCGCGGCGCCCGUGUCGGACACUUCAAGGACGGGUACGGUAUUUCGCCUCCAACCAUUGGCUUCCCGCUCAAACGCCAGGCUGCCAGGAUCGCUGGUUUCUCUGGUGCCGAUGAUCAGUUUGCGAUCGAAUUUCUCGUGUCCAUCUCCCUUGUUUUGCGGUAUAGCCAUUCCGUGUUCAAGCACACCGUCGUUGUAUGGGUCGACUAUCGCAUCGACCUUGACGGCGGCCCGGUACAAAAUUCUCUCUUGUCGCCUAUUUCCGAUCGUGUAGAUCAGGAGCUGGAUCUCAAGGACUGCGGAAAUGGUGGUGCCGGUGUACUCCAGUUCAUGAUUGUCCUCGUCAGAUGCAUAGACUACUGGAGGAAGCGCUGGGAUACCAUGAUGGCAAAGAUUGAUGAGACAAUUAGUGUCCAGCUGCAAGACACACUCGACAGAAAGCGAUGGCAAAUGCUCAUGUUUGACGAUUCUUUUCAGCUGUCAGAGCAGUACUUUACCGUUCUACAGCUUCUUCGCAUAUUCCAAAGCUGGAUCGAGGAGGCAGAAGAAGCAAUGGCGGAUCUCAGGAGCAACCUGACAGGCCAGUACGAAAACUGGAUCGCUCUGCGCCGCUUGAAUGCGCCAGAGGACGAGAUCGAGUGGCCGCUUGAUAUGCCUGCCAUGGAGGCAAACUGGGACAAGGUCGAAGCCUUCUUUCAUGGUCGAGUCGAUUCACUGAAACUUCGCAUGGAGCGCAAAAAGGAUGAGGUGGAAAGUUUGCGGUCAGGGUUGUUCAACGCCUCUUCAUUGCGGGAAGCUUUAAAAGCAAAGACCUUGAACCUCCUGAUUGGAGUGUUUACUGUUGUCACGGUUUUCUUCACUCCGCUAGGCUUCAUGGCUGCUUUCUGGGCGAUACCAUUCAUGACUCCCGAAAAGGCCGACUCGCCACCCCAGGGGUUCACAAUGAGCUUCACUGUUGUCCCUCUUCUCACGUACAUCUUGGCUACCUGCAUAGUUGUAUGGAUUUGGGGCAUAUCUUCUCAUUACACUCUUGGCGUCGGCAUUUUCCCAUUCGAAACAUUUCAGGUUUGCCAAGAUACAUCGUACAGACUUUGCAUCUGGCACUAA